CAGCCCAGCCCAGCCCAGCCCGCCGUUCCCCAUUCCCCCUUUCUUUCUCUCCCUUUCUUCUUCUUCUUCUCCCCCGUCUCUUAUUUUCUUUUGUUUUCUUCUCCUUUCUCCUUCUUCUAAGUUUAGCUGUUGCCUUUCUCCCCGCUGGAAUUCCGUUUCUCUCACCUCUGCAACUUCACUUCGUUAUCGCCGGACGCCUCUCCGGCUCUCAUAGGCGGCCAGGCCUCUCGUCGUCGUCUUCUCCGGCUACCUCUGCAACUGCUUCAAAAUUUGGUUGCAUACGGCUUGUGGGUUGAGCUUAGAGAUUCCAUGUGGCGACAGGGUUGGGAUCUACUGUGGCGGGCUUCACGGGGGCUUCCGGUGCGCCAUCAACAGUGUGCAAUCAGCACUCAACGCAUCACCGGAGCUGCUUCAAAGCCUAGCCUGUCGAUAUGGCGGCGGAAGAAAGAGAUGGGGAAGGAGGGGUUAAUGGUGACGAAGGAGCUCAAGCGUCUUGAGAGCCAACCUGUGCGUUUUGAGCGGUUUAUGAAGACACAUGUUUCCCGUCUCCUUAAGUCUGACCUCGUUGCGGUCCUCGCAGAGUUUCAGCGUCAGAACCUGGUCGGUCUCUCCAUGAAGCUGUAUGAUGUGGUGCGGAAGGAAAUCUGGUACCGGCCGGAUAUGUUUUUCUACCGAGAUAUGCUAAUGAUGCUUGCUAGAAGCAAAAAGAUCGAUGAAGCAAGAAUGGUGUGGUAUGAUUUGAAGAGCGAGGGUGUCCUUUUUGAUCAGCAUACCUUCGGAGACCUUGUCCGGGCCUUUCUAGAUGGUGGAUUGCCGAAUGAAGCAAUGCGUAUAUACGACGAAAUGAGAUGUUCACCAGAGCCUCCAUUAUCUUUGCCAUAUCGUGUCAUAUUAAAAGGGCUGAUUUCUUACCCUGAAUUGAGAGAGAAGGUGAAAGAUGACUUUUCGGAACUCUUCCCUGACAUGAUUGUUUAUGAUCCUCCAGAUGACCUGUCCAUCGACGAUCGACAAUAUGGAACAGAAAGUGACGAGGAGUAGCUAUGGGACUGAUCUACCUACGCAUGCCUAACCACAUUCAGAAUGUAGAUGCCAAAUAGCUGAACUGGAUAGGUAAUCUAGGCCAAGACCUGAAUGAGCAUAUAUUGUUUCUUGGAAGCGUGCCACAUGGAUUUUCGACAUUUUUACCAUUGCUGACAAUGCUUCUUCUUCUAGAGGGAUGAGUAGUCGCUGAACUUUAAUGAGAGUUAACGAGUCGGGGG